AAAAGUGUAGUAGCUGGUAACACAGAUUUAACUUUAUCACAGAAAAGCAAAAUGGCUCAAAGAAAAGCUCAUAAGGUUGAGGAUAGAGAGAGGACAGAUGAUAUUCAUAUAGAAGAAAGUGUGGACUUUAAUGGUGAAAUUGCCAUUUAAUACAAUUUCUUGAACUUUGAUAGUGUUAAUUAAACAUAACAAAUUAAGGAUGCCGAAAAGAUGCGGGAGAAAGUUGGCCAAUAUUUGUACCGGUACUAAAGUGGUGCGGACCAUAGACUCUAGUGCGGCACCUUGUGUAACAGUGAGCUCAUACUUUGUUGAGUCAAAUAGGGAUUUGGACCAGAAUAAUGGUUGUGAGACUGUUAAUGUGAUGGUAGAUAAUGUAGGAGGAAGUGAAGAGAAAAUAUACCCAUUGGAAGAGAGAGAAAGAAGUAGGAAUAGUUUGUUGAGAAAUACAGGUGUAACUGGAGAUGCUGAGUCUUCAGAAGGAAGUAUUGCUGAAGGUUCAAGAUUGUCAGAAGACUUCUAUGAUCAAGACAGUGUUGCUUUGGCUAAAGCUCUUCUAGGUCAAGUUGUUGUCAGAGUGGUGGAGGGUGCACGUAUUUCUGGAAUAAUUGUAGAAACGGAAAGUUAUCUUGGUGGUGCAGAUGCAGCCUCUCAUAGUUUCAAUGGGAAAAGAACCGCCAGAACAGAACCAAUGUACAUGAAACCAGGAACUUCAUAUGUAUACUCAAUUUAUGGAAUGUACUACUGCUUCAAUAUCUCUAGUAAAGGUAAUGGAGCCUGUGUUCUCAUAAGAGCACUGGAACCCUUGGAAGGAUUUAAAAAAAUGGAAGCUGGCCGGAACCAGAGGCGUAAAAAUUCAUCAUCUCUUAAAAUUCGUGAGCUUUGUAAUGGCCCAUCAAAGACCUGCCAAGCAUUAUAUCUUACCAAGGAUACAAGCAAUAAGGUGGACCUUACUACAUCAGAGACCUUCUGGUUAGAACAUGGCAGGUUCAUUUCCGAGGACCAAAUAAUAGUCACCAAGAGGGUUGGUAUCGAUUCUUGCGGUGAAGAAUGGGCUAAGAAGCCACUUCGAUUUUAUGUGUACAACAACAAAUUUGUAAGUGUAAGAGAUAAAGAAGCUGAGAACAAUUUAAAAGGCAGUUAGAAUUUUUAUUUACAUGUACAAUAUAUAUAGUAUAUGGAGAAUGUACAUAAUGCAAUCAGCCAUUCACAAACUUUUAUGGUUAGAACACUACUGCGUGGAUAAUAAUAAAGUACACGUGAACCUGUGUAUACAGGUACAGUACCGGUAUACUGAUUUUUAUGGUGCAUCAGGUUAAUUGAACUUUUGUUAAAAGCCACUCAUAAUUAUAGCUUAUGAGACAUUUUAUUCAAGUAUCCAUAAAAUUCACUUAUUUUGUCCUAUGUUUCUGAUGUGUUCAAUACCAGGCAGAAGAUGGAACUAGCCUAUAUAAAUUGUAUAAAUGUAUGUUGUGUAUACUGGAAUAGUAAGCAGUGAUGGAGUGAUCUGUUAAGCAGACCAGUGAAUGCAUGCACAGGAGGAGCAUUUAGAACAGCAUUCAGUCAAUAAUGUGAAAGUAUGAAUGAAAAGGGUCAUUGAAAUGAACUACAUGGUAUAGAUUUUUUCUGGCUCCUGUAGAUAUGUUAUCAAAUGAAUCGCAGAAUAAAAGUACGUAAAAUAGA